CGAGCAUGCGCAUUUGUAAAACCACUUGGUGACUAAAUCGGCCUGAGGUCGUUACGCCGGUUAUUUUGUAACUCUGUAAAUAAAAACAUUCAUAAAAGUAGCAAAUUAUUCAAGUAAAAAGAUGGCAUAUGACUUGAAAAAUAAGGAAGAAGUAGAACUAUACCUAAAAAAUUUGAACAUCGAAUACAAAUUCGGAUGUCUGUCAGAAAAAAAUCCAGAGGUGUGUCAUCUACUCGGAGAUUUCCUAGAGAGUAUAAAUAAAGACUUCAAGGGAGCAGCACAGACUUAUAAAGAAAACUGCGACGAACGAAAGUAUGCACUCAGUUGUCGAAAGUAUGGAAAUUACGCUUUCAUAGGUAAAGGUUUGGACAAGGAGUUAUGGGCUGAAAGCUAUGACUACCUGACCAAGGGGUGCGACUUGGGUGAUCAACUAUCUUGCUUGAAUGCAGGAGUUGUGUCUACUACAACAGAAAAAGAUGGAAAGCCAGUUGAGCCCAUGGAUUUUAAAAAGGGUAUCACAUUGCUUGAGAGGAGCUGCACUGAACAUGGACUAGAAAGAGCAUGUUUCUAUCUAUCGAGUGUUUAUUUACAAGGAGUACCAGGUCACGUUGAACGAAACUUUGAAGAAGCUUAUAGAGUAUCAGUAAAAGGCUGCGAACUUGGCAACCCACAAGCCUGUGCCUAUGCAUCUCUAAUGACCAGGCGCGGAGACGGGGUGGAGGCAAAUCCUGAUCUAGCCGAAGCUUUUAAGCAAAGAGCACUCGCUUUACAAAAAGCGUUACGAAAUGCCAAACAUAUACCAUUUCAACAAGGAGCUGGUAGCUAAAAUAUAUAUCAAUUUUGAAAUUAAAUCCUUUUGUUAUUUGUAAAUUGUAGUCUGUAUUUAUAACAAUAAAUCAAUUAUAAAUUAUUCCA